ACCAAGAACAUCGGCAUGUACCAACAUCACAACUGUAGUAAUCCGCUGUUUAUUGAGUCGUCGGGGACGACCAACUGGACGUUUCACGAGGACAAGAUAUUUGAGCAGUGUUUGGUUGCGUUUCCGGAGGGAACUCCUGAUCGAUGGCAGACGAUCGCCGCGAGGGUUCCUGGAAGAUCAGUCGAAGAAAUUAAACAACAUUUCGAUAUGCUUGUUCACGAUGUUCAUGAGAUUGAUGCCGGCCGAGUUCAGGUUCCGACUUACGCCGACGAUUCGGGGAUGUCGGAUUCGGAGUUGGAUUCGAAUAAUCAAAUCUAUUUCGGUUCGAGAUCGAAGCAGCAAGGAGACAGUGAAAGGAAGAAGGGAACUCCGUGGACAGAAGAGGAACACAGGUUAUUUUUACUUGGGUUGAGUAAAUAUGGAAAGGGAGAUUGGCGGAGCAUAUCGAGAAAUGUGGUGGUGACUCGGACAUCGACUCAGGUGGCUAGCCACGCUCAGAAGUAUUUUCAGCGGCAGAAUUCGGGGAAAAAAGAGAGGAAAAGAUCGAGCAUCCACGACAUUACCACCGUCGAUACCCAUAUGAUGGAUCUGCGCGUCGAACAGAACAUGCUUUCGGCUCCGAUCGGCAAUGUUCGACAAGGAAGUAGAGAAGCUAUAGUGGAUCCUAUGAAUGCUGGUGCUGAAGCUGAAGGGCCAGAUAUUUUAGGUCCGCCCCAAAAACCAAAUGUGGUUAUAGAAGGUUCCCCUAGGCCAACCAUGGAAAACGAGCUUUCCAUUGUGAGAGAUAAGUUUCCUCAAAGAAGAUGGUCAUAG